AUGGGGUUUUGCUUGAAGGAGCACUCUCAGCUUGUUGCUCAGCACAACAGGCUGCGCAGCCAGGUCAUACCCAUGGCAGCUAAUAUGCAAAAGAUUCACAGUCAGAAGGUUCAGGACAUCCAUGUUUAUCUGAAUGAGCAGGAGGCGGCCAAUGAAGUCACUAACUUUGAAACGAGAAACUUUUGGAUAGGUUUGACAUAUAAGCUUCCAAAGGACUAAUUUCACUGGGACACGGGAGAGAUCCUUCGAUUCAGCAGCUUUGCCUUUGGGCAACCUGACAACCAAGGUUUCGGAAACUGCGCUGUGCUUCAGGCGCUGAGCACUUUCAACUGGAGAGAGCGGAGCUGCAAAACCAGAAACCGAUACACUUGCCAGCAUGCUAAGGCCCCUGCAGGGAGACAGUCAAUGGAAGUACAGAAGGAGACUGGACGGUCUGGCAUUUGGGCAGAUGCCAGAAGGGCCACGGGCCCUCGUGGGCCGUUUGGGCCGGCCAAUCACGAGGCGGCAUGA